AUGGCGAACGCACCACCUCCCGUAUUCGGCGCGCCUGCUUACAUUCAACAACCUGGAAUAACAUCAGCUCCUCCGACGCAGUUAGCGCCGCCAAUACCCAAACAGUUGCCCUGCACCACUCCCAGCAAUACGCUUUACCUCAAUAAUUUAAACGAAAAGAUAAAAAUACCAGCACUUAAGAGUGCUUUACGCAGCAUGUUUGAGCAAUACGGAGAGAUAUUAGAUGUCGUAGCUCAUAGUAACUUAAGAAUGCGAGGACAAGCCUUUGUAGUUUUUAAAGAUCAAGAAAGUGCCGUAAAGGCUCAUAUGGCAAAACAAGGUGUUACGUUAGAAAACAAGCCAGUGGUAAUUCAAUACGCAAGAUCAAAGUCGGAUGCAAUAGCUAAACUUGAUGGCACUUAUGAAGAACAUAAGAAACAGAGGAUGGAAGCUAAAGAGAAACGAGCAAAAGAACCACCCCAGAAGAAGAUGAAGCAUUCACAUCCACAGGGUUAUCCCACAAUGUCAUCUGGUAUUGGAGGAGCAGGAGGGCUUUACUUUGGUGGACAAGUGCCAGGAGCAACGUCCGAUGAGUUCCUCCCACCAAAUAAAAUUUUAUUCAUACAGAAUCUUCCUGCAGACGUUACGGAGCAGUCACUCACUGCUUUAUUCCAACAAUAUCCUGGUUUCAAGGAAGUUCGUAUGAUCCCCACAAAGAAAGACAUAGCAUUUGUGGAAUAUGAUACGGAACCACAGGCGAUGGCUGCUAAAGAGACGUUGGCAGAUCACCAAAUAUCUCCUGACCAUAAGAUCAAGAUCACAUAUGCAAGGAAAUAA